AUGUGUCACUAUGAUAACCAACAGGAUGCACUCUGUAACACGGCUGUCAAUAGGAUUCAUAAUGAGAUAACUACCUCGGCCACUCGUUUCUGGUAUGAUCUGUCUUUUACCCUUCUUCCGAAGCAAGUAAAGAUCAAGUACGGCAACAAUGACAAUUGUGUCUCUAGGGGUGAUCCAUCCAUGUUGAUUGGAGGAAAAGAGCUACUUAUCAUUCUCGUACAGUUUUCCUCGUGUCCUUCCACUCUAUUCAGUUCUGUGGUCAAAAACUAUUACAUGGGGUCUGGGUCAAUCACUGUUGGUGAAAGCUCCUCUAUGAGAAAUAGUUGCCACAGUGGACUGGACAAUUAUUUCUCUGUUUCAACAAUGUCGAUGUCUUCUGAGGAUGAACCACAGAUUGUGGAAGAACCGACUCCCACCAAGAAUAAGAGACAUGUUGCUGCUAGGAAAGGAUCUAAGAACAAGAAAGCAAAAUCCUCCGUCACCGUAAAAUCCGAGUCGGUUAAAGGGGCUAUUACUCAACGUCUUCGCACUCGGACUCUGGGAAAAAUCGCUACCCCUGCCACCACAGCAGAGGGCAGUGGGAGAGAAUAUGGGUUCACCGUCAAUAAAGAUGGUGAAGUAGUACGUGCAACUAAGGGGGAGCGUGCUUUGGUAAAACAUGGUGGUGUGAUGAAACAGGAUAGGACCGGCACCUCAAAAACGAAACAUGAUGCUCAUGUUUCUUCAAAAUCUCUCUGA